CUCACCAUGCCCUGGUCUUCUUGUCCCUUGCAGCUCCGGAAAUCUCUCCCGUCCCUGUGCCUCAGCCCACCAGAGCGCAGACGGUUCCUGUUCGAAGAAGCCUUUCUGUGGGGCCCAGACUGCCAGCGCCUCUGGCACGACCAGCCAUGCCGCGCAGCCCGACAUCCAGCGAGGACGAGAUGGCCCAGAGCUUCUCCGACUCCUCGGAGGACUCGGACUCGGACAGCUCCAAGGAGGAGACCAUCUACGACACCAUCCGGGCCACAGCGGAGAAGCCGGGCGGCGCCAGGACGGAGGAGAGCCAGGGCAACACCCUGGUGGUCCGCAUCGUCAUCGAGGACCUGCAGCAGACGAAAUGCAUUCGAUUCAACCCCGAUGCCACGGUGUGGGUCGCAAAGCAGCGGAUUCUGUGUUCCCUGAACCAGAGCCUGAAGGACGUCCUGAACUACGGGCUGUUCCAGCCGGCGAGCGGGGGGCGGGACGGCAAGUUCCUGGACGAGGAGCGGCUCCUGCGGGAGUACCCGCAGCCCACGGGCAAGGGCGUGCCCUCCCUGGAGUUUCGAUACAAGAAGCGGGUGUACAAGCAGUCCAACCUGGACGAGAAGCAGAUGGCCAAGCUGCACACGAAGACCAAUCUGAAAAAGUGCAUGGAUCACGUUCAGCACCGGUCGGUGGAGAAGGUCGUCAAGAUGCUGGAACGCGGCCUGGACCCGAACUUCCACGACCUGGAGAGUGGAGAGACUCCGCUGACCUUAGCCGCACAGCUGGACGACCCCGGGGAGGUGAUCAAAGCCCUGAGAAACGGCGGGGCCCACCUGGACUUCCGCGCCAAGGAUGGGAUGACGGCCCUGCACAAAGCCGCCCGCACCAGAAACCUGCUGGCCCUGAAGACCCUCUUGGAGCUUGGCGCGUCCCCGGAUUACAAGGACAGCUACGGCCUCACGCCGCUGUAUCACACCGCGAUCGUCGGGGGCGACCCCUGCUGCUGCGAGCUGCUCCUCCACGAGCACGCGGCCGUGAGCUGCAAGGACGAGAACGGCUGGCACGAGAUCCACCAGGCCUGCAGGUAUGGGCACGUGCAGCACCUGGAGCACCUGCUUUUCUAUGGAGCUGACAUGGGGGCGCAGAACGCCUCCGGGAACACCGCGCUGCACAUCUGCGCCCUCUACAACCAGGACAGCUGUGCCCGAGUGCUGCUGUUUCGAGGAGGAAAUAAGGAAUUGAAGAACUACAACAGCCAGACCCCAUUUCAGGUGGCGAUCAUAGCCGGCAACUUUGAGCUGGCCGAAUACAUCAAGAACCACAAGGAGACGGACAUCGUGCCCUUCCGAGAGGCCCCGGCGUACUCCAACCGUAGGCGGCGGCCCCCCAGCACGCUGGCCGCCCCCCGGGUCCUGCUGCGCUCCAACAGUGACAACAACCUCACCGCCAGCGCACCCGACUGGGCCGCCUGCUCCGCCGCCGCCCACCGCAGCCUCUCGCCCCAGCUGCUGCAGCCAGGUCAGGUGCCCGGCAGACCCGACGGGGCCCUGAAGACCAUCGCGAGCUACACCCCGGGCCCCAGCCGCUCCCCGUCACUCAACAGGCUGGGCGGUGCCAGUGAGGAUGGCAAGAGGCCCCAGCAGCCCUGGCAUGUCGGGCCGGCUUUCCCGCCAGGUGCCAACAAAGACACGCUCUCCGCCUUUGAGUGUCCAGGGCCCAGACGGAAGCUGUACAGUGCAGUGCCCGGGCGGCUCUUUGUCGUCGUCAAGCCAUACCAACCCCAGGUCGACGGCGAGAUACCCCUUCACCGUGGCGACAGGGUCAAAGUUCUGAGCAUCGGCGAAGGGGGCUUCUGGGAAGGCAGCGCCCGAGGCCACAUCGGAUGGUUCCCGGCCGAGUGCGUGGAGGAAGUCCAGUGUAAGCCAAAGGACAGCCAGGCAGAAACGCGAGCAGACCGCAGCAAGAAACUUUUCCGGCACUACACGGUGGGCUCCUAUGACAGCUUUGAUGCGUCCAGCGACUGCAUUAUCGAGGAGAAGACCGUGGUCCGUGCAGAAGAAAGAACAAUGAGGGCGUUUGGGUUUCGGUUGCUCCGACGGGGCGGAAAGGCGGAUACGCCCAUUGAAGAAUUCACGCCGACACCGGCGUUCCCAGCCCUGCAGUACCUGGAGUCCGUGGAUGAAGGUGGGGUGGCGUGGCAAGCCGGACUGAGGACUGGGGACUUCUUGAUUGAGGUUAACAACGAGAACGUGGUGAAGGUCGGCCACCGGCAGGUGGUGAACAUGAUCCGCCAGGGAGGGAACCACCUUGUCCUCAAGGUGGUCACGGUGACCAGGAAUCUCGACCCGGAUGACACCGCCAGGAAGAAAGCUCCUCCACCUCCAAAGCGCGCUCCGACCACGGCCCUCACCCUGCGCUCCAAGUCCAUGACCUCGGAGCUGGAGGAGCUCGUGGAUAAAGCCUCCGUCCGGAAGAAGAAGGAUAAACCCGAGGAGAUAGUCCCAGCCCCUAAGCCAUCGCGAACCGCUGAGAGUGUGGCCGUGGAGUCCAGGGUGGCCACCAUCAAGCAGCGGCCCACGAGCCGGUGCUUCCCGCCUGUCUCUGACAUGAACUCCGUGUACGAGCGCCAGGGGAUCGCUGUGAUGACGCCCACUGUUCCUGGGAGCCCGAAAGGCCCGUUUCUGGGCCUCCCUCGAGGUACGAUGCGAAGGCAGAAAUCAAUAGACAGCAGAAUCUUUCUAUCAGGAAUAACGGAGGAAGAGCGACAGUUUCUGGCCCCUCCAAUGCUGAAGUUCACCAGAAGCCUGUCCAUGCCGGACACCUCCGAGGACAUCCCGCCCCCACCGCAGUCAGUGCCCCCCUCUCCGCCACCACCCUCCCCCACCACCUACAACUGCCCAAAGUCCCCAACCCCAAGAGUCUACGGGACAAUCAAGCCUGCGUUCACACAGAACUCCGCCACCAAGGUGUCCCCGGCGGCCCGCUCCGACACGGUGGCCGCCGUGGUGCGGGAGAAGGGGCUGCACUACCGGAGGGAGCUGGACCGCUACUCCCUGGACUCUGAGGACCUCUACAGCCGCAAUGCCGCCGCCCAGGCCAACUUCCGCGGCAAGAGGGGCCAGAUGCCCGAAAACCCGUACUCCGAGGUGGGGAAGAUCGCCAGCAAAGCGGUCUACGUCCCCGCCAAGCCAGCCAGGCGGAAGGGCGUGCUGGUGAAGCAGUCCAACGUGGAGGACAGCCCCGAGAAGACUUGCUCCAUCCCCAUCCCCACCAUCAUCGUCAAGGAGCCUUCCACCAGCAGCAGCGGCAAGAGCAGCCAGGGCAGCAGCAUGGAGAUCGACCCCCAGGCCUCCGAGCCGCCCGGCCAGCUGCGGCCCGACGACAGCCUGACCGUCAGCAGCCCCUUCGCUGCCGCCAUCGCUGGGGCCGUCCGCGACCGGGAGAAGCGGCUGGAGGCCAGGAGGAACUCGCCCGCCUUCCUGUCCACAGACCUGGGGGACGAGGACGUGGGUCUGGGGCCGCCCGCCCCCCGGGCGCGGCCCUCCAAAUUCCCCGAGGAGGGUGGGUUUGGUGAGGAGGAUGGCACGGAGCAGCUGCCGUCACCCACGCCAGGGGCAGCGCCCAGGGAGCCCGAGAACCACUUUGCGGGCAGUGGCGAGGUCGGAGCUCAGGGUGAGGCCAGCAGGCCACUCAAUUCUACAUCCAAAGCCAAGGGGCCCGAGAGCAGCCCUGUGGUGCCCCCCAAGAGCAGCCCGGCGGCCGGCCCCGAGAAUUACGUCCACCCGCUCACAGGGAGGCUGCUAGACCCCAGCUCCCCACUGGCCCUGGCGCUCUCUGCGAGGGACCGAGCCAUGAAGGAGUCUCAGCAGGGUCCCAAGGGGGAGGCCCCCAAGGCCGACCUCAACAAACCUCUCUACAUCGAUACCAAAAUGCGGCCCAGCACAGACACAGGCUUCCCUGCGGUCACCAGGCAGAACACGCGGGGGCCCCUGAGGCGGCAGGAGACAGAAAACAAGUAUGAGAGCGAGCUGGGCCGGGAGCGGCGGGAUGACAAGAAAAGCCUGCUCAUCAGCGUCAUGGACGCGGCCCAGCACAAGGCGGCCGGGCUGCUGAUGGUCCACACUGUGGAUGCAGCCCAGCCAGACGACUUCCUGGAGGAAGAGGACGAGAAAGCUGACGUGGAGACGAAGCCAGACAACUCGCCGCUCGAGGUGCCAGAAGGUGUUCCCGAAACCGAAGGUGCUUUACCAAUCCCCGCUGGCCCCGAGCCCGCAGCCGCCGCAGCCGGCAGGACCAUCGUGGCGGCGGGCUCCGUGGAGGAGGCGGUGAUCCUGCCGUUCCGCAUCCCUCCCCCACCUCUGGCAUCCGUGGAUCUGGAUGAGGAUUUUAUUUUUACAGAGCCAUUGCCUCCUCCCCUGGAAUUUGCAAAUAGUUUUGAUAUCCCCGAUGACCGCGUUGCUUCUGUCCCUGCUCUCACAGAUGCGGUCAAGCAGAAAAAAAACGAUGCCUCCCAGCCCCCUUCGUUGAACUCCAGCCAGCCAACCAACUCUGCAGACAGCAAGAAGCCGGCCAGUCUUUCAAACUGUCUGCCCGCCUCAUUCCUGCCACCCCCCGAAAGCUUUGACACCGUCACGGACUCUGGGAUCGAGGAGGUGGACAGCCGGAGCAGCAGCGACCACCACCUCGAGACGACCAGCACCAUCUCCACGGUGUCCAGCAUUUCCACCCUGUCCUCUGAAGGCGGGGAGAACGUGGAUACCUGUACAGUCUAUGCAGACGGGCAAGCAUUUCUGGUUGACAAACCCCCAGUACCUCCUAAGCCAAAAAUGAAGCCCAUAAUCCACAAAGGCAACGCACUUUAUCAUGACGCGCUGCUGGAGGAGGACGUGGACAGCUUCGUGAUCCCCCCGCCAGCACCCCCGCCGCCGCCCGGCGGGGCCCAGCCCGGGGCCACCAAGCUUAUCCAGCCAAGGACCUCCAGGCUGUGGGGGGACGUCUCGGAGGUCAAAAGCCCGAUUCUCUCAGGCCCGAAGGCAAACGUGAUUAGUGAGUUGAACUCAAUCCUGCAGCAAAUGAACCGAGAGAAAUCGGCAAAGCCGGGGGAAGGACUGGACUCGCCGACGGGAGCCAAGCCAGCCAGCCUCACUCCAAGAGGCCCAGAGGUCACGGGCACCGUCUCAGGUACCCGGAGCACGACGGUCACCUUCACCGUCCGCCCCGGUACCUCCCAGCCCAUCACCCUGCAGAGCCGGCCCCCGGACUACGAGAGCAGGACCUCAGGACCCAGACGUGCCCCAAGCCCAGUGGUCUCGCCCACAGAGCUGAACAAAGAGAUCCUGCCCGCCCCACUGUCCGCGGCCGCAGCCUCUCCCAGCCUCUCCGAGGUCUUUGGCCUUCCCAGCCAGCCCGCUCCCGGGGACCUGUUUGGCCUAAACCCGGUGGGACGCAGCAGGUCGCCGUCUCCCUCCAUCUUGCAACAGCCAGUCUCAAAUAAGCCUUUUACAACUAAGCCUGUGCACCUGUGGACCAAACCAGACGUGGCCGACUGGCUGGAAAGUCUAAACUUGGGUGAACAUAAAGAGGCCUUCAUGGACAACGAGAUUGACGGCAGCCACCUCCCAAACCUUCAGAAAGAAGACCUAAUAGACCUGGGCGUGACACGCGUCGGCCACAGAAUGAACAUAGAAAGGGCUCUGAAGCAGCUGCUGGACAGAUAAGGGCGGCUGCUCUUCUCCCCACAGACUCCCUGUUAUAACUAGAGAUGGGCUGACACCGAGACAUUUGGACGGCGAGCGCCAACCCGUCCACGGGUCUGUUUCCUGGUCCCCAGAGAAAUGCCAUGUGUGUCCGUGGUGUGGCUAAGCCGAGGCCUUCAACUCCCAGCUCUCCGGGUGGGCUCUUUGGGCUGUUUCUGUCAAAGAGGGGACAAGGGACGGGGUCCCUGAUCGUGGAAGGAGGCUCGCAGCUCGCCUCCCAACAUGCGGGUCCUGGAGACCCCAGCAGACACAGCUCAGUCCGCGCUCUGCAGGCAGACACCACCGCACUAACCCUAAUCUGUCGAGAUACCUCCCGGGGCCUCCCUCUGCCGCCACCGGCUCGCCCACCCAGCCCGGCGGCACACAGCCUCCCCGCCAUCCAGAGCCUCUUGGGGGCGCGCAGGGCACACGGGCUCUUUCCGUCCUGCGCGCGGCUCCGCUUGCAGCCAGACGCCCGCAGACACGCUUACCGGUGCCCCUUCUUGAGCCUGGAAGGCAGAGGAACUUUCUUUCCUCCGGAUCCUCCCCCGCCGCCUCCUGCGACGUGCGCCCACGGUGCUGCGGCCCGGAGGCUCUUGGCAGUGGUGGGGGCUGGAAUGGGAUCGUGCCAGCUUUGCUUAGCUUGCUUUCUUUAUUUCUGCAAACCUAUUAGCAUAAUUCCAAAGUGGCCAAACAGAUGUCACCUGGAGUUAGUCAAAGCACAAAGUCACGAUUCCCAGGAGGGGAGACCCGGCCGUGGGAUCCAGCCAGUGGGCAGCUGCCUGGGUCCAAAAUCUCCUCAAGGGAAAGGUGGCUGUCUGCCAGGAGCGUCCAUCCAGGAGCAUGAGAAGGGGGUUCUGCCUUUCAGAAUUUUUUAAAUUGAAAGUGUGUUGAAUUCUGCAGAGAGUAGAGCAUCCGCUCUGACACGCAGGACAAGACGCAAGGCUAACGGCGGGCGCGGCGGCGGGGGAGGUGGGUGGGGCGCGGCGCCCGUGGCCUGAACCCGGCCGGGGCAAGCAUCUCUGCUGAGACAGCCCUUUGUCCUCGGAGGCCAGGGAAGAUGGCACCUGGGGGCUUUUUCCCUCUCCCUCUGAGCGUCCAGGAAUCCCACCAGUUUGUCUUAAUAGUGCAACAAGCUUUUUGAAAACCCAGUGGGUCUGGCGUGUAGACAGAACCCGGGGCUCAGAACAGAAGGGGCUGCAGGGAGAGGGUGCGAAGCACGCACAGACAGCAAAGAGCAGGGAGGUCUCCCGCCCUGCCAGUCCUGCCUCUCUGGCCAGGCUUUCUUGAGCCCUGCCCCACUGUCUCCCCCGCAGCCCCUUCCCUGUAACAAUACCUCUGAUUCCCAAGGGAGGCCACCAACCGCGCACGGGCCACAGAGCACGCAGCCAGGCAUCCAGCACCUUCUCCUGCGUCCGGAAGCAACUCGAGUGUCAGGCUUUUGGCUUUUAUUAUGAUUUCAGAACUAGCCUAGCCCAUCUCUAAUUAUAAAAACAUGAUUUUUUUCUUUUUUUCUUUAUGCUCAGAAUCAAGUGUCUGAUUAGGUCUGGAACAGCUCUAGAAUGAACAUGUAAAAUUUAGCAAUUCAACCCUUUCUUUACUGCAAGUUUAAAUAGUUGUACAGAUAGUUUAUAAGCACAAUAUUUUAAGAAAAAAAAAAGUGGCUGGUCUACCAGGCAGCCUUUGUGCCACUUCAGUGCUAGAAAGUUAAAGAAAAAAAACUUUUGUGAUUUAAUAAUACUAUUUCUGUGGAAUAAUUAUAAAAGUAUGACCUUUUUAAAUCAACCUUAUUUGGAUGCAUCUGAACCAGCAGAGCUGUGUUAUAUUUUCUAUCUUUGCUAGAACUUCGUCAUCAAAGGACAAUUAUUUCUUCAAAAAUGGUUGUAAUUCACAAUGCAGCAGUUUCUCCAAAAACAAAGACACUCACCCCAUACACACAGUUUUUCCAGCCACUCGCCCUGAAUUGGAAACCGAGUUUUGGACCUUCUGUUCCAAAACCCUUUGCAGGUCACUCUUUGUAUCUCAACGACCCUUUCCAACCUGAAAUCAGCAUAACACGAAGGCGCUUACUUCUUUGUACUUUCAGUUUUCCAUUGUGAGAUGAACGAACAUCACCCUCGAGAAAUUUCAAGCCAAGAUGCUACAGGUGGCCUGUCAAGGCCACCCAAUCUUCCAGAAAAUGUAAAAAUGGUGAUCUGGCCAGUAUUUGUCUUCCAUCUGGUGAUGUUGCCAAGUCCAAGUCCGCCACUUCACCACAGCCCCUCCCCUGUGCCCGCUGUUGGGGUUACCCCUCCGCUCAGUGCCAGGCAAAACGCUAGACAGGCUGACAGGAAAGGAAGCCGUGGGUAGACCGUAGCCAGUGGCAACUCGGCGGCGUUAGGGUUACUGCACUUUGGUGGCCGAAAGGUGAGAGCCGGUCCUUAGAGACUUCGAGGCGCAUGAACUGAGCAGAAGCGAGCAGGCUGAAAGUCGAAAGAGCUGACGACAUGGUCUAUUUUCACACCACCUUACUACAGAAAAGGCGCAGGACCUAUCAGAACCUGCACUGACCACAAAAUAAACACGUUGCCAAAAUGAAUCGGGCUCUAGCUCCAUUUGAUGGUUUUGCCACCGGAAGCAAUAGUUCCUCCUUCAGGUCCCCGCCCACUGCCCUCCCCCGUGGGACACGCCAGGACCAGGCCCUCCUCCACGACCCUCUUUACUGGUGAAACAGAUGUUAGACUGCUCAAAUAAAGAUCAUGUUAAUACUAUCCCAGGUUUUAAAAAGAUCAGCUUUUUUUGUUAUAUACUGUAAUUUAAAUAAAUUGCAUUUACACGCCUAGUUUCUGUAAUAUUGUGUAUACAAAAUCAAAACCUCUCAAGAUGUAAAUUAUGUCCACCUGCCAAGAUACCUUCUCCAGGGUGUCUGUGCGCAUUUUAAGUUAAUUCAUAUAAUAUAAAAAUGACUCAAUGUGACUGUUGAUUUGCUGAACCUUACAUAUCACAAGUGAAUUAUUUGUGGUACUUUAGUUAAUAAAAUGGUGGGUUUUUUCCUGAGUUACUGAACAAGCAAGCAUCACCCAGGGUGACCUGGCUAUGACUUUUUGUGUGUGGGGGGCCACAAAUAUUGAUUUUUCCCGUUAACAAAUUUUUCAUUUGUUUUUUAGAAGCUACUGUUUCACACUAUAGUUUGUGUAACAUGUGUUCACAUUAUCUACGUUUCUGUUACUUUUGUGCUUUUAUUCUUUUUAGACCUCAUUAAAAACAGAAAGAAAAAACAAGCUCCUGUAAUUUGCACUUUCUCCCAACCCUCAAUCUCUUGUAUGGCAACCAAAAUUACCGUAAAAAAAUAAAUAUACUAUUGCA